GUCAGUUACACGCUCAUCCGUUUUAAUUGCACUAAAGGUGGAUCAGUAUUAAAAAGAAAUAAUGUAGGAAAUUAUUCUGCUCAAAUUUCAAUAUUCACGGUGCAACAGCAAUUUUUGCAAGUUCUCCUCUGUUCAAGAUCAUUUUUAUUCAUCGCAAUUUUGGGAGAGGGAAAAAUUCCACUGCGGCUGCUAGCGGCGGCAUAAUAUGCCUGUCAAGACUUGUCCAGGGAGCGGAAUGGAAAACGUGCGAUUUGGAAUUCUUCCCCAUUCCUGUUUCUCCCAAUAAUGGACUUUGCACGUUCACUCCUGUUUCUUCUUUUGCGCCGGCUGCUUUGACGACUCAUCAUCCCAUCCUUGUCUAGUCGUGCCUCUGCCCUCUGCCUCUUGCAGCGCAACACCAAACCACCACCAGUCAGCACAUGAGUGGGCACAACCGCUACAGGUCCAACCCGCGGCGUCUGUAGUCUGUACUGCCUGUAGUAGAGUUGAGAAGAGAGAUUUGACCAGAAAUUUUUCAAAUUUCAAACGGAGACGCAGUUAUGGAUGGAUGUUGGUUGAAAGCAACGCUUCGGAAGUUGGAAGCACAGAAGAGAAUGGAGGAGGCGGAAAAAAUGAUGCUGGACGAAAAGCUCACUGCUCUAAAAAAUAAUUUCAUGACCGACUGCGUUCUGGUUGCUGCAGGUGGUUCAGAGACCAAUAAGUUAGUGAAUGCUGUCAAACGUGACUUAAUGGUCGCUAGCUUAACUUUCGAGCAGUCCUUCAAUGCAAUGACAACCAAAAGUAGGAUGGUAGUGAGAAAUUUCCAGCCCAACAUUAUUGAGCUGCUCAUUGAAUUCACUCAUAUUGGCAGGUUUCUGAAUCCCAUCACCAAUGUCGACGUUGCCGUCAGCUUGAAUAAAGUGGCUCGAUCCUUCAAAGUGGAGCCUCUGAUCAUGUACACCAACCACCUUAUCAUCAGCUUGCUUGAAGUGGACAACGUCUGGCAGGUCAUGAAUUCCAUCACCAAGAUGCCCUUGGACGCUUCCAUUCAGGACGCCUGCUUGAAGCUCCUGGCCAGCUGCCUGAAACAAUGCAUCAAUCAUCCGACUUUCUUCAGCGCCAACGAAGAGAGUUUGAUUGCCAUGCUACAAGUUGAUCCCUUCUUUGCCGAUGCAGACGAAUUUGUUCUUCUUAAGGCUUGCUUGGACUGGACUUUGAAACAGCCUGUGCACUACAGGAGGUCUUGCUUCAGAAGUCUGUUGCCUUACCUGCGAAUUUUGUCCCUGGACGGAGAAGCUGUGCAAUUGAUCUCCGAGUACAUUACUGAAGAGGAACAGACUGCUUUGUUCAACGCUUUCUCAGAUUCAGACCAAGAAGUGCCCAACGUGGUGUGCAAGGCGAGGGAGGGAAGAUUUUUGACAUCCUCAAAGCACACAAAUCUCACACUCAUUCCCGAGAACGUCCUGAAAAUCCAGCAGCGGAAUUUCACUGUCCGUUCUGGCAUCGAAAUCACCAACCGCCUCACCUUCAUUGCAUCCCAUGAUUUGCAUUUGGCUGGAUUCCAAAUCUUGAACCGAGUGCAAAUGGAGAAGCUGUCCCCUGUGAAGAAGUUGCGGCUGCAAAGGACCAACACCUUUGAGUACGAGGAGGUUCUUAGGGUUAGCAUCUCAAACUCUCAUGUUGGUGAUUAUUGCGAACAAAUCACGGUCAAGUCCACUACCAAUGAGCCACUGGAUGUGGUCUUUUUAAGGCACCUCUUUGUUCCCAAGGAGAGCAUUGUCGUCAUCAAAAUUGAUCUUGUCAAUCCGCAAGGGUGCUAUAAAGGCAUUGAUGCAUCUGCUGUGUUAAAGAGCUUGAAAGACAUUGACAUUCCGUUCAUCAGACUGAAUGAGUUAAGCCUGAAGAACCUGAACGACGACUUUGAGUACGAAGAUCCUUAUUUCUACUUCAUACAAGCAAUCAAGUGCAUCCCUAUCAUGAUUUGAUUGAUGGUUUUGAUGCUAUUUAUCAUCUUCAUCCCAACUACAUUUAUACAUAAUUGCUUCAUCAAAGUAUUAGUUCCUAUACAGCUAAAUUUAAUUUUCUUUUCAGCUUAAAAAAGAAACAAUGUUAUGUAUUCUUCUGUAAAAUGUACAAAAGAAACAUAAUUUUGUCAAUGAAUCUGCUCAAAUGUUUGUAAUUAAUAUUAUUUGCUCAAUAAAAAUGAUCAUCAGCAAUCAGGAAAACA